CACGGCAUUCUUGGAUGAAGUGGAGUUGGAGGACUCAGGAGAGGACUUGCCCAUUGCUAGGACUGAGGUCACUGAGAAAAACUUGACUCGUGAUGAAUCUCCUGUCACAGUGCUUAUUUGUAGUUGUAGGAUUUACAGUCACUCUGACUUCAGCUAACAAAGCUAGUGGUGUGGAAAAGAAAGAAUAUUUGAAGAACAGACUGAAAGAAUACGGCCUUAUUACUCCAAUCAGCACAGAUUCAGAGGGACGCUACCUGUCAUGUCUACUCUCAGCAAACCAUAAACAACGGAUCAGGAGAGAUGUAUCCCAAGGCUUUCAGGCGAGAAAUUACAACCUUUUUUUCAACAUAACUGCAUUUGGAAGAGCGCUUCACCUUCGGCUGCGCCCAAACGAAAGGUUGGUGGCCCCGGGUGCGAAGGUGGAGUGGCGUGAUGAGGUGGCCAACUCUGAGAAUGACACCAAUACUGAAAUUCAGAAUCAGUCCAGCAUCCGGAUUGAGAGGAUACUGAAGAGAGAACUUCUGAAAACAGACUGUACAUUUGUUGGUGACAUCACUGAUGUUCCAGGAGCUUCUGUUGCCAUUAACAACUGUGAUGGCCUGGCUGGAAUAAUUCGCACUGACUCAGAUGAAUACUUCAUUGAGCCCCUGGAGAGGGGAACUCAGGAGCAGGAAAAGGAGGGGAGAGUCCAUGUGGUUUACAGAAGAUCAGAUGUUCUGCAUUCUUCUUCAGGCACGUCAAUAGACUAUCAGGUCGUUGACUCGGUGGACACCCCAGGAACACUUAACAACAUUGUCCAGUAUGUAAACAAGACUCGCAGGAAACGCAGGCAUGCAGGAGACAACGAUUACAACAUUGAGGUGCUGCUGGCAGUGGAUGAUUCUGUUGUGCGAUUUCAUGGAAAGGAACAUGUCCAGAACUACCUGCUGACCCUCAUGAACAUUGUCAAUGAAAUAUAUCAUGAUGUCUCUUUAGGUUGUCAUAUAAAUGUAGUCCUCGUGAGAAUGAUCAUGCUUGGAUAUCCAAAGUCCGUCAGUCUUAUAGAAAGGGAGAACCCUUCUCGCAGCCUGGAGAAUGUCUGUCGCUGGGCUUUUAUCCAGCAGAAAGCUGACCCCGAGCACUGUGAGCACCAUGACCAUGCUAUCUUUUUGACCCGACAAAGCUUUGGCCCCACUGGUAUGCAAGGAUAUGCCCCAGUUACGGGAAUGUGCCAUCCAGUCCGGAGCUGCACCCUGAACCACGAAGACGGCUUCUCCUCUGCUUUUGUGGUGGCCCAUGAAACGGGCCAUGUGCUGGGAAUGGAGCAUGACGGGCAGGGAAAUCGAUGUGGGGAUGAGACUGCGAUGGGCAGCGUCAUGGCACCUCUUGUGCAAGCUGCUUUCCAUCGGUACCACUGGUCAAUAUGUAGCGGGCAAGAGCUCAAGAAAUACAUACACUCAUAUGAUUGCCUGUUGGAUGACCCUUUCAUGCAUGACUGGCCCCAAAUUCCUGAACUUCCUGGAAUGAAUUAUUCUAUGGAUGACCAAUGCCGAUUUGACUUUGGAGUUGGAUACAAGAUCUGCACAUCCUUUCGUACCUUUGAUCCUUGCAAGCAACUGUGGUGCAGUCACUCUGAUAAUCCCUAUUUCUGCAAGACUAAAAAAGGGCCACCAUUGGAUGGGACAGAAUGUGCCCCUGGAAAGUGGUGCUACAAAGGUCACUGCAUGUGGAGGACCUCCAACCAUGCAAAGCAAGAUGGCGCCUGGAGCUCCUGGACCAAGUUUGGCUCUUGUACUCGAAGCUGUGGGACUGGGGUUCGGUUCAGAACCCGGCAAUGCAACAACCCUGUCCCCUCUAAUGGAGGUCAGGAUUGUCCAGGUGUAAACUUUGAGUAUCAGCUUUGCAACAUGGAUGACUGCCCCAAGAAAUCUGAAGACUUUCGGGCACAGCAGUGCCAGAAACGUAACUUGUACUUCAAGUUUCAAAACAGCAAGCACCACUGGCUACCUUAUGAGCAUCCAGACACAAAUAAAAGAUGUCACUUGCACUGUCAGUCAAGACAAACAAGUGAUGUGGCUUACAUGAAGCAAUUAGUGCAUGAUGGGACAAGAUGCUCCUACAGAGACCCUCACAGCAUCUGUGUGCGGGGAGAGUGCGUGAAAGUGGGAUGUGACAAAGAAAUUGGCUCAAACAAAGUUGAGGAUAAUUGUGGGGUGUGUGGCGGAGACAACUCUCAUUGUAGGACUGUCAAGGGAACUUUCACUCGCACUCCCAAGAAAUCGGAUAAAUACAAAGGCCACUUUAAGAUGCUUCUCAUCCCACCUGCUGCGAGACACGUGAUGGUUCAAGAACAUGAGGGAUUACCUCAAAUUCUUGCAAUCAAGAACCAAGCAACAGGACAAUAUAUACUUAAUGGAAAAGGAGUCGAGGCAAAAUCAAAGACUUUCAUUGAUUUGGGAGUGCAAUGGAAUUACAUCAUUGAGAAUAAUGUUGAGACCUUAUACACAGAUGGGCCUUUAAAUGAUGAAGUGGUUGUUUUGAUUAUCCCUCAGGAUAAUAAGACAACGUCUACUCUGAUGUAUAAAUACAUUAUACACGAAGACUCCAUUCCAGUCCACCACAACAAUGUAAUUCAGGAGGAUAUCUACGAAUGGGCAUUGAAGAAUUGGUCGCAGUGUUCCAGACCUUGUGCUGGAGGGUUUCAGUAUACUAAGUAUGGAUGUAGAAAAAAAGGUGACAGCAAGAUGGCCCAUCAAAGCUAUUGUGACGUCAGCAAAAAGCCAAAACCAGUCCGUCGAAUAUGUAACAUGGAAGAAUGCAUAACACCACAGUGGAUAGCAGAAGAAUGGGAGCACUGCACCAAGACAUGUGGCAACUUAGGCUAUCAGAUCCGCACAGUGCAGUGCAUGCAGCUCCUUCAUGAAGGUGCUAAUCGAUCAGUCCACAGCAAGCACUGCAGUGGGAAGAAACCAGAGAGCCGGAGGCCCUGCAACAGACAGCUCUGUCCUGCUCAGUGGAGAACUGGGACCUGGUUAAAGUGUUCAGUGACGUGUGGAGAGGGUGUGGAGCAUCGCCUGGUGACUUGCCCCACUGGGGGUCAAUGCAAUGGGGACAAACCAGAAGCCAUCAGGCCAUGUAAGCGCGGCUUGUGCCAUGAUGAACAGUGCACUGGGGAUAAGUCCAUUUUCUGCCAAAUGGAAGUUCUAGCCCGAUAUUGUUCAAUCCCAGGCUACAACAAACUGUGCUGUGAGUCCUGCAGCAAGAAUGGCAGCAGUCCCACUCCCUUCUUCUCUGAAGCUGCUGAGGAUGAAGAAGAGUUUCUGUCCUGAGAAAAAUCUUCAAUAUAAAUAGUUUGCCUCAAAGGUGGUUCAUGCCUCCUACUUACUGUGGAGGAAGGAUUUUACCUGUGUCAUAUUCAAGACAGCACAAAAGCUAAUUGAUUUGCUGUGGAGGAAAUAUGCAUGUUUCUGGAUGUUCUGAGGAGGAGCGAUGAGUUUUAAAUGCUGCAAAACCUGAAAGAAUAUAUCUCACAACAGCCUGGAUAAUUUAUAUUUUAAAAUUUAAAUAGAAAGAGAACAGAAAAUAGAAAGUGCUGGUUCACUUUAAUAAUGAACAUUGUAUUCUGCCUGGAGGAAAAAAUACCAAAGACCUCAAUAUAAUUACAGUCACUUUAAAGAACUUUGUUGCAGUCAACAGUGGCAAGACUAUUAUUUUUAGAUGAUAUUUCUCACCAGAUUUCCAGUAAUAUAUGUAUAAUUUGUCAUGUACACAAUAUAUCUGUGAAAUAUCUGUCAUAUUUGAGCAUAAGAGUAUAAGAACAUUUAAUGUCAAUGUUAAGAAUUUUCACACAGACACUUCAGCGUCUGGUUCUAAGAUCAGUUCUUUUAAAAAAUCAUGUUAAAAAGAAACAUAUGUAAAAAAAAAAAAAAAUCGUGAGGUUAUAGAUUGGAAAGUUGGAAAAUGUUCUGGUAUGGCUUUUGUAGCAGCAGAACCUUUUAUUUAUGGACACCAUGUUCACUUACAAUACAGACAUGAGCUAAACUAAGAAAACCGGGUGGCACAGUGGACCGGCUGGUAGCACCAGCAUUCCACCUCUUUGAUUCAGGUUUCAGUCUCGCCUCUGAGGCUUCCACAUGCACCGCAUGCAAGUCCGGUUUCCUCCUGCAUACCACACACAUGUUGUUAUGCUCGGUUAGGUGUCUUUAAAGUGUGUGUGUGUGUGUGUGUGUGUGCGCCCUGUGAUGGACUUGUGCCUGAUCCAACGUGUACCCCCGCCUUGUGUCCUGUGUUGCCUGGGAUACGCUGUUUUACCCCCCAUGACCCUGACCAAGAUUAGCAGCUGGAAGACAGGUGGAUAAACUGAUAACCCAUGAUUUAUCUGAAUGUGCAUUCCUUGAUACAGAAGUAUUAAAAACAAACACAACAAAUGUUCCUCUCCAAUGGAAAAAGAAAAUGAAAAUAAGGAAUAUGUAUAGCCAAGCUGCCAUAUAUGUAGAGCAUAUUGAAUAAGGUUCUUUGGAAGAACUGUAUCACAACCACAUCACAUUUGACUGCAAUAAGAUAUAUGUACGUGACUUUAAGGAUAUUAUAUUGGUAUGUUUCUUGUGGUGUGCAGAACAAAGGAUUUAUUUAUUGAAAAUUUCUAUUUCAUUUCCAUACUGAUCUGUCAAUACAUGCCUUAAAUGCAUUAAAUAGAAAUUGUUUUCUUUUUCCUGUUGACACUUGCCAACCCCCAUGAUUUUUAAAACAUUGUUCUCCUGUCAGAAUAACGCUGAAUGAGUUAAAAUUUGUCAUUUUUCAGUAGCAUAUAUCAGAAUGGAUAGAUGGAUAAGUACUUGUUUUAUUAUUAAUGUUGCAUUUUAAGCUAUUUCUGCACAGCCAGGUGUAGUAGAAAUUUUCAUCAGAAACUUGAAUUACAUACUGUAUAUGCAUUCCGACUAUUUAAAAUGGGGGCUUUACAAAGCAAAAGAUAUGUGCCUUUUAUCAUUUUUAAGUGUUUAAAGUGAAAGAGAAAUUGUAUUAUAAUAAUUUUAUAGGUGUUUAGCUGCUGAAUAACGAUAAGCAAUUGCUUUUAAUAAUAUGUUUACAUUUUUAAUAGAUUAGCAUGGUUAGUUUGAUUUUUAAUUCAGACAGUUCAGAUAUAUAGAAUAUAUAUGGUCUAUCCACACAGUAUUACCCAUGCCUUUGUGACCUUUUGUAUUUCUAAUCUUGCAUUUUUUUCUGUGUAAACUACUGAAGCCAUUUGUUGUAAUGGGAGCAGACUGAAAUAAACAUACUGAACCUUA